AUGUUGGAAGCUCCGAGUUAUCUGGUUUCAAGGGAUUUACCAUCUUCAUGUGAGGAAGAGAGCAAGUGGAUCUAUAAUGCACACUGUGUGCUUCAGCUCUCCUUGAGGAAGCGAUUGUUGGAUGAUACCGAAUAUGAAGAAGGAAGCUCCGGUAGAAAAAUGUUACGGGUUGAUCAACGAAGCAGAGAUGAAUCCGAGAAGAUUACGGAUAUUCUUAUGCUUGCUAAAACCUAUCAAAGGUCUAACCAAAGUCAGCAAGGUGAUCAAUCAAGUCCACCGAUAACUCGGCUUGACCAAAACGCACUUCUCAACUGCUUAGCUCACUGUUCGUUAUCUGAUUUCGGGUCCAUCGCCUCAACCAAUAGAACCUUCCGCUCGCUUAUUAAGGACAGCGAGCUGUAUAGGCUGAGACGGGCUAAGGGUAUUGUGGAACAUUGGAUUUAUUUUUCUUGCAGGCUGUUGGAGUGGGAAGCUUAUGAUCCAAACGGUGACCGCUGGCUACGUGUACCGAAAAUGACAUUCAACGAAUGUUUCAUGUGUUCAGAUAAAGAAUCACUAGCGGUUGGCACCGAGCUUCUUGUUUUCGGUAAAGAAAUCAUGUCGCAUGUGAUUUACAAAUAUAGCAUAUUGACCAAUACAUGGACGUCGGGUAUGCAAAUGAAUAUCCCGAGGUGCUUGUUUGGAUCCGCGAGUCUAGGCGAGAUCGCGGUUAUAGCUGGAGGAUGCGCUCCGCGCGGACAGAUAUUGAGCUCGGCGGAGAUUUAUAACUCGGAAACAGGGGAAUGGACGGUUAUCCCGAGCAUGAACAAAGCUCGAAAAAUGUGUUCAAGCGUGUUCAUGGACGGGAAUUUCUUCGUAAUUGGAGGUAUCGGAGAGGGAAACUCGAAGAUGCUAACAUGCGGUGAAGUGUAUGAUCUGAAGAAGAGAACAUGGACAUUAAUACCUAACAUGUUACCUGAAAGAAGCAGCGGAGAAGGAGGAGGAGAUCAGGCAAAAGAGAUUUCCGCAGCAACGGCUGCUUCAGAGGCGCCACCGCUGGUAGCGGUUGUAAAAGACGAGCUUUAUGCUGCGAAUUACGCUCAGCAAGAGGUAAAGAAAUACGACAAACGACGUAACGUUUGGAAUAAAGUCGGGAAUUUGCCCGAGAGGGCUUCUUCGAUGAACGGUUGGGGAAUGGCGUUUAGGGCUUGUGGGGAUCAGUUAGUAGUGGUUGGAGGUCCUAGGGCAAUUGGAGGAGGGUUCAUAGAGAUCAAUGCUUGUGUCCCAAGGGACGGUGAGUCGCUGCAUUGGAGAGUUCUUGCUUCAAAGCCAUCAGGAAGCUUUGUGUAUAAUUGUGCGGUUAUGGGAUGUUGA